UCUCAGGGUAAGAGAAAAUCUGCCAACACUCCACAAGAGUCUUCCAGACAUCAUGUCCCUCCUUUAUAUUUCCAUCUUAUGGGUCUGUGCCUGUGUGGACAGUGUAGAAUCUCUGGUUACUGUAUCAGCUCCAGUGGGUUCCACAGUCAUCCUGCCGUGUAAACUGACUGAAGACUUCAAACAAACAUCAGUUAUUAGGUGGAAGAUCAAUAAUAAGCUUGUGUUUGAGAGAAACAGUGAUGGUCCAUAUUCAAGUUCAGGACAUAAAGGACGUGUGGAUGUUCCUGUGGACGAGCUGCGUAAAGGAAACUGUUCCCUGGAGUUGAAGAACGUCAGAUUUACUGAUGACCAAACCUUUAUAAUGGAAUAUGUGGACACUAACACUAAGGAAGUGAAAGAAAUUAACAGAGUUUAUCUCUCAGUCUAUGCUCUUCAGAUAUCAGCUCCAGUGGGUUCCACAGUUGUCCUGCCGUGUGAUUGGAGUCAUCUGUCCUUCAAAACACCUCACGUUAAGUGGUUUAUCGAUUCUGAGACUGUGUUUGAGCGAAAGGGUAAAGAGAUAAAUCAGAGUGAAAGAUAUGAGGGUCGUGUGGACGUUCCUGAGGACGAGCUGCUUAAAGGAAACUGUUCCCUGGUGAUGAAGAACAUCAGUGUUAGUGAUACAAGAAUCUACAGCAGCUCCAUGUUAAUUACAGACACACAGGAAUCUGUCUUGGUCCAGAAGGUUAAACUGUCAGUUGUUGCAAAACCCCAAAAAAAGGAAGACGUAAAACCAGCUCCCUCAGGUGAAGCAGGAAUAAAUUGCCCUCAGCCUCUGAUCCUCAUCAUGUUCCUCAUGUUUUUACUUUUCUCACGCUGAGGAAACUUCAGUGUGAUCACGAGUACAGAACCUUCUGUGAGCCGAGAGAUUUGCCUUAUAAAGUACAGAAUCUAUUUUACAAAGAGAAAAGCAACAAGGAUCAUUUCAAUGUUCUUCAACUGUGAGGAGAACAUUUCAGUUUGAUGCCCAGAAUAAGCUGUGAUGCUGAUGUAAUCCACCCGCCAGCAAUGGUGAAAGAUGCGCUGCAUGUUUUUGGCAGCUGCUCAACUUAAUCCAUCUUCGCAAAUCUGUCUAAAUACAUGUCUGAACUGUUUCAUUGCUUUAGGUUUGCAGCAUGUGUUCUAUGAACUGGGACUGUUUCAUCGCAGUGUGACUGUUAUGGAUUCGGGUCGAUAAGGACGCGAUACUGUGGAAUCUAUACUGAUGGACUGCACCCUCACAGGACUGUAACUACAGUUUGUUUCUUCAACGUUAGGAUUACCUCAAUUGGGAACUUUGGUACUUCUACAUUUGGUUAUGUACUGUUUGGGAUAUAUACCGUAUGUGUAAAUGUGUAUCUAUUUUCUGUUGUUACUGUGAUUGUUGAAUAGCAUCUGUUAUUGUUCAGUGGGUAAAUUGUGCUCAAUGAAAAAAAUGUUUCUCUUUGUUAAAUGUGAACAGAAAAAGAAAGUUGCAGAAAUUUGCAAUACAGUUUAAAAGUAAAAAGAAAGAGUUUUAAUACAUUAUUCACUCAGGUUAAUUUCUGUGUUGGUGCCUUUAUUCAAGCAGUUAUACUAAAUAAGAUUAGAUUUCAUAUAAGUGCAGACACACUAUUCUUAAACAUUUUUUUUUUUUGGUGUGAGACCCCGAACUCGGGACUGCAGACAUUAAAUUAUUUAUAAAUUGUUAUUUUAAGUGUUUGGUGAUCUCAGACCCAGUAGAUAUUUUCCUCCUUUUCUUUAAUGUGAAUCCAACAUAUGGGUUACACUGAAACACCACAAGAUCAGCAGACCAGAAAGAUUCAGCAUUACUGAGAACGUGAUACACGAUUUACCAAUUUUUUUUACAUUAUAAUUUUUACUGAAGAUGAGAUUCAUUGUUUGAUUUCACUGAUUGUCUCUGAGACUCUCAGCCUUCCUUCACUGACCCAAAGACACUCCUUAUUUUUACUGCUUUACUGUAAACUACAGUAAAGUUCAUCUGUAACUGUGGAACUGAACCUGAAUUAUGAUAAGAUGUGAUAAGUGAUAAAAGUACUCUGAUCAUAUGAGUUAGUGUGUUUUAACUUGGGCAGAGGCACAGACAAACCAAACCAAAAGAAAAACAGAUUUCAGCUUUUAUUUCCUGACGUUUACGUGUAGAUGUAAACCAAAUGUGACCACUGAAGAUUCAGGAGACCAGGAAUGUUCUGAAGGAAUAGAAACAGUCGUCAUUUUGUA